AUGCAGCUUGCUUUCACAGGAUCAACUGAUACAGGCAACAUUGUACUCGAAUUGGCGGCAAGAAGCAAUCUCAAGCCUGUGACAUUAGAGCUUGGAGGGAAGUCACCUUUCAUUGUAUGCGAGGAUGCUGACAUUGGUACGGCUGUGGAACUUGCACAUUUUGCUCUUUUCUUUAAUCAGGGGCAAUGUUGCUGUGCUGGUUCUCGUACAUACAUACAAGAACGUGUGUACAAUGAGUUUAUUGAGAAAGCAAAGGCACGUGCUAUGAAACGUAUAGUGGGUGAUCCCUUCAAAAAGGUGUGGAGCAAGGCCCUCAAGGACAUUGAUGAAGUGAUAAAAAGGGCAAACACAACACGCUACGGUCUAGCAGCAGGGGUUUUCACCAGCAACUUGGAUACUGGCAAUACCUUGACACGAGCACUAAAGCCGGGACUGUGUGGGUUAAUUGCUUCGAUGUAUUCGAUGCUGCAAUUCCAUUUGGUGGGUACAAAAUGA